CGAAUGCGAGAUCCUCCAUCUCUGGCGACCACGAGGCCACCUCCAUGCCGCCGGAGUCCAAUCCCUAUAUCACUCCCUCUCCCGCUGCUCCGUCCUCGUCAAAAAAGUUGAUGUUAGAUACAAUGGAGACAGUAAAAGAUGUGCUUGGGAGAUGGGGGAAGAAGAUGGGGGAAGCCAAGAAGAAGACUGAGGAUCUUGCUGGUAAUGUCUGGCAGCACUUAAAAACAGGACCUAGCAUUGCUGAUGCUGCAAUGGGAAGAAUUGCACAGGGAACCAAAGUCUUAGCUGAAGGGGGUUAUGAGAAAAUAUUUAGAACUACCUUUGACACCUUUCCGGAAGAACAGCUUAAAAAGUCAUUCGCUUGCUAUUUGUCUACAUCAGCUGGUCCUGUGAUGGGUGUUUUAUAUCUCUCUACUGCAAAGCUUGCAUUUUGCAGUGAUAAUCCUCUUUCUUACAAAGUUCUUGAUCAAACAGAAUGGAGCUACUAUAAGGUGGUCAUUCCUCUGCAUCAGCUAAGAUCAGUCAAUCCUUCAACAAGCAAAGUAAACCCAGCAGAAAAAUAUAUCCAGAUUGUGUCUGUUGACAACCAUGAGUUCUGGUUCAUGGGUUUUGUGAACUACGACAGUGCCGUGAAGAGCCUACAGGAAGUCUUGCCUGGUGCUCUCGACUUGCAACCUUAGAAUUGGUGUGGCAUGUGAAUUCGCUGCUGCUGCUGCUGCUGUUUCCUUAAGUCUCAUUAUUCACUUGCUUGGUUACCUAAUUGUGCAUUAUGUUAUGUGAGUGAUGUUGAUGAUGGAAACAUUCUUCUUUGUAUGAGUUGAUGAUCCUUCUCUCAUACUCGUAAAAUUGGUGAAGUCCUGAAAAUCAAAUCUGUGUAAUACUGGGCGUGAAAUUGCUCUCAAAUUUGUUUUUAUAUGCUGCAGUCCUUUUAAUGACCGUAUUCACUUUUGGCAAA